UUAAGUAAUGCACAGAGGUUUUUUUUAAUAUUAUUUGUAUAUGUUUGGCAUCUAAGACUUAAUGUAAAUCCCCAUAAAUAGUAGUCGGGUGUGGAGGUUUUAUGUAUAAGUUUCAACUGGUAACCAAAAAAAUCUUUUUUCAAAAGGUUCCUAUAGCAUUGCCCUAUAAUGAGUAAAAUAUUUUUAAUCCCAGAUGUAUAGGUGUUUGAUCAUCAUAAAUUAAUAAAAAUUGAAGUGAAUGAUACAAAAAUAUUGUGGAAAUGAUCAGACAGAUUUUUGGGUUUUCUAUUAAAGUUUUGGUAGGGAUGGUGUUAUUACUGUUUUAUUGUGAAUUUCUUGUGUAUUAUAUAAAGCAAAUAAACUGUACAUGGCCCACAAUGGAUCCUUCGAAGGUAGAUAAAAAUAUUACCAAAAGUAUUGAGGAACCAGUCAAGAUUAUGGUGAUUGCAGACACGCAUUUGUUAGGAUCACUGAGGGGACACUGGUUUGACAAACUAAGAAGGGAGUGGCAGAUGUAUAGAGCAUUUCAAACUGCUAUAACAUUGCAUAAACCUGAUGUUGUAUUUGUCUUAGGGGAUCUUCUAGAUGAAGGCCAAAUAUGUAAUGAUGUAGAGUUUGACUAUUACAUACGAAGGUUUUAUGACCUUUUUAAACUACCUAAAGAUAUUCAAAUGCAUGUUGUGGUAGGAAAUCAUGAUAUUGGAUUUCAUUAUAGGGUUACUCCAUACUUAAAAGAAAGAUUUGACAAGGCUUUUAAUUCCACUGCAGUUCGACUAAUAAACAUAAGAGGAAAUAACUUUGUACUGGUAAACAGUGUUGCACUAGAAGGUGAUGGAUGUUUCUUAUGUAAACCUGCUGAACUGGAAUUGGCCAAAAUUGCAGCCAAAUUAAAAUGUUCACAGAACAUGACAAAGUCCUGUCCUUUUGAAGAUAUUCCAAAUUACAGUAGACCAAUUCUUAUGCAACAUUAUCCCUUGUAUCGCAAAUCAGAUGAGAAAUGCUCAGAUUUUGAUGCAGCGCCUUUUCCAGAACGAGAAGAACCUUUUAGAGAAAAAUGGGAAUGUAUUAGCAAAAAAGCUACCCAUCAGUUGCUGAAACAAGUGAGGCCCCGUUUAGUUCUUAGCGGACACACUCAUCACGGAUGUACUAGAAAACUUCCCAAGCCAGUUCAAGAUGGGAUCGAAAUUACAAUACCUAGUUUUAGUUGGAGAAACAAAAAUAACCCAAAUUAUUUAUUGGGUGUUUUUACCACCAAUAAUUAUGCUGUGACAAAAUGUGAAAUGCCUAGGGAAAAUGAUAUUAUUAACAGCUAUAUAUUUGGUUUUGCCAGUUGGUUAUUUGGGUGUAUUAUCUAUACAAUAGUGCUAAGGAUUAAAAAAAAGAGGGUAUUGUUGGCAAUAAAAAUCGAAUGAAGUAAAUAACAAAGAAAUAAAUCUUGUACCAAUAUAAUUUGAGAAAAAUCUAUAAUUGUAUUUAAAUUUGAAUAAAAGCAUAUUUUUAUACCAGAUGUAUAGAAACAUUAUUAAAGUAAGUAAAACAGGAAAAUAAAACAUG